AUGGCCAGAGAGAAAUACAUUCACUUACCGGGGUUACUUUUCUGCAGUAUCCCCAGUGUCUUCUGCAACGACAAUCGGCUCAACGACCACACAUUUACGACAUUGUUCUUGCUCGCAACGCGACAGCAGGAGUUUCUGCAGAUUAUGAAUGAUUCGGACGCGCAGACGCUUCGUGACUAUGACGCAGACCGACAGGCUCGCGAGGUCUAUCGAUAUUUUCAGCCAGCAAAUCCGGCGGCGCUGAAUGCAACAUGGCUUCCUUUAGGCGAUGAUUCGGGCUCUAUAACAGAUCUGUCAACGGCUACUACCUCUCCUAUCCUCAAUACCUCAGUCUCAGAGACGACUCCAGUUGAAGCCGGCGUCUUUUGUAGUCCGAAUACUACGCUAACGUCUUUCGCACAACUGGCAGCACUGCAGCUGAAUGCACAACGUGCCUUUAUUACUAUAUUGAAUCAAGAUUCACAGUUCAUCUUAGCUGAGGCCACAAGAAACACUAACGGUGGAAACUCAACACCAUCCGUAGAGAAGGGAGACAGACUCUUUGCCGGAACAUCGACAUUGGAGACAGUUGCAAUCCCCUCAGACACACAAGAUGAAACACACCACUUUUUGGUUAUCAACGACCUGACGCAGGAAGAUCGCUUUAGGCAAUUGCCCUUCGUGGAAGCAGCGCCGCACGCCCGCUUUUAUGCUGGAACACCCCUGACGACCGAUAACAAUAUCAAUAUAGGAUGCUUGUUUGUAUUGGAUCCACAGCCCCGCGAAGGGCUGUCUGAUAUCGAAAAGGAUGCACUAGGGACAGUGGCAGCGAUGGUUAUGGACUAUUUACAAGUCAGCCGUCAGGCUGUAGAAGGCCGCCGCGCCUCGCGGCUGUCGAAGGGCCUCCGUCUUUUCGUUGACGGCAACUCCAGUUUCGCCGAUAAUCGUCAUUCGUCUCGGUCGAACAGUUCAAAUACGAGUUCGUCCUCGCAGAGAUCUCCUUACCUUGGAUCGAGCCGGUCUACGAGCUCUCACAAGAGCGACUCAGAACUUUCCUUACCACAGGCUGAAAUCGAUGACACGCGCUUUCAAAAUGACGACGCACGAUCUUUGAGCCCAGUUUUGAAUGAGGCGUUGGACAGGAGCUUCUCUGCCAACGCAGCAACUUCAUUGCCUAACUUGCGGGCAGGUGACAGCAAUUCGUCAGUCUCCUCGACCAGCAAUGAUUGGAUUUUUCAGCGAGCCGCGAACCUCUUACGACAAAGCCUGGACUUGGACGGUGCUGGUGGUGUAAUGUUUUCGAGGAUCAACGACGACUCGCCAGACAAUGUCGCUGAUAGCCCUUGUGAUCCCGCUGACUCCAACACUUGCGCGCCUGUUCUUGCAAUGUCCACCCAAGAUGAUCCGUUAUUUUACCAGGCAGUCUCUAAGGCGUCAUCCCCGGCUGUCAAUCUUGACAGUGACUUUCUCAACCAAUUGACUGGUCGCUACCCAAAGGGGAGACUUUGGUCAUUCCACAACGACGGGACUUUGACCACCUCGGAUGAAGAGCAAUCCGUCAGCGCAUCUCGGAAGCAGAGGAACAAGUCUAGAGCCUCAGAAACCAGCAAAUUGAAUACGUACUUCCCUGAUGCGUGCCAGGUCAUGUUUGUCCCGCUAUGGAAUGCUAUCAAUUCCCAAUGGUUUGCAGGGUGUUUCUGUUGGACCCCUCAGCCGACGAGAAUCUUCAGUCGUGCUGUCGAUCUGAGCUCAACAUUCGGCUUCGCAUCGUCUCUUAUGACCGAAUACAGCCGUGUCGAAUCAGUUAUUGCAGAUCGUCAAAAGGGAGAUUUCAUAAGCAGCAUCUCGCACGAACUACGCAGCCCGCUGCAUGGCGUCUUGGCUGCCUCUGAACUUUUUGGGGAUACCGGCUUAGAUGAGUAUCAGGAAUCCCUUAUCGAGACGAUAAAUGCUUGUGGUCGAACACUCUUGGAUACGAUGAACCAAGUCUUAGACUUUAGCAAAAUCAUGUCAUUGGAAAGGCAAAAGAGGAGGUAUACGCGCAGAAAGGAACCGUGGAGACGAAAAACACGAGAGGAAACACCGGCGCGCAUGGAUCCAUUCGUGUCGACCGAUCUGGCCGUCUUGACGGAGGACGUCGUGGAUAGCGUGUGUUUGGGGCAUUCUCAUAUACAACGGUCGACAAUUUCAACCAAUCAUUCGCCAACUUUGCAUUCCAAAUCGCCAAACGAAGAUAUCCAAGCCGGCUCCGGUCCAGAAGUGGAGGUCGUCGUCAAAAUCAGCAACCGGGACUGGUUGUACAACGUCCAGCCAGGAUCACUGAGACGCAUAAUAAUGAACCUUCUUGGCAAUGCCCUGAAGUACACCAAAGAGGGCCUGAUUUGUGUCUGCAUCGACGCCCCUCAGCGGUCCAAAGGUCGCGAGCGAUCUCGACGUCAAGGGCUUGAAGACAUGAUCACGUUAACCAUCUCAGACACGGGUAGAGGCAUCUCGAGUGAAUAUCUUCGGACGCGUCUGUAUACUCCAUUUGCACAGGAGGAUACGCUAUCGGUGGGGACUGGCCUCGGUCUGUCAAUUGUUCGCGGCAUUGUGAGAACGCUAGACGGGACCAUUAACAUCCAAAGCCAAGUGGGCGAAGGCACAAUUGUCAAGGUGUCAUUUCCUCUCGAGCGUCCAGGUGGAGAGGAGUUUCCAUCAUCCACGCCUCGUGUGGAAAGUUUGGCACAGAAGAAGCUUACGGCAUGCUCCCAAUUGCGUCAUCUGGACUUGACAGGGAAGCGUGCUGCGAUUUGGCGAACCGACUCUUCCUGUCCUAUCAAGCAUCAGUUCUGGUCUUCGAUCGCUCAAUACGUUACGGACUGGUAUGGCCUGCAGAUUGUGCCGUGGUCCGCCAAUGAGGAUGUUGAUGCUCUGUUUGCGGACGAACGCGAUUUGUCUGCUGAAAACUUGCAGGAUUUCCCCACUGCGUUACCACGGCUGCUCUUGUUUUGCAACGACUCGACCAGAUCUGGUGAUUCUAGGGCAAAAUGGUCGCACCUUGCCGACUCUCUGGUGAUUCUACGUCGACCUUGCGGUCCACAAAGACUCGCCAGAGGCAUCUUGGGCUGUCUUAACCCGAAGGCGGCAUCUCCCACGUCGAGUGCAGUUGAUCUCGAACAAGAAUCUGUGAUCCCAGAACGACCGAAGCCUGCAAGCGUAUGUCCGUUAGCAGGACAGUUUAGACUCCCGCCGUCUGGAAAUCUGGGCUCACCGACUGCUGAAUCCCCCAAUCCCGGGCUGGACUCAUACGCUUAUGGGAUGGAUUCCGCUAAUGGCCAUACCUCUUCCGCACUGGGCCCAGAUGCACAAUUAUUCGGCCACAAUCCUGCGCCGUCGUCCGCUCACUUGUGCUCUAACAGCCCAGCUCUUGUGGAUGUCUCAUCUGGAAGCCGAAGCAGACCUCGGGUCUUGCUGGUAGAUGACAACGAGAUCAACAUUCGCCUUCUGCUGACUUUCAUUAAGCACCAGAAAGUCAUGGUCGUAGAUACGGCGGAGAAUGGCAGAGCAGCUGUUGAUUCCGUCGAAAGGAACCUGCAGGGAUAUGACAUUAUCUUUAUGGACAUUUCUAUGCCUAUCAUGGACGGAAUAGAGGCAACACGCACCAUUCGCGCGCUGGAAAAAGAACGCGAAGGAGGUGUUUCCGCAAAAAUCAUCGCUUUUACUGGACUCAGCAGCGUACGCGAUGAGACCAAGGCCCUGGACGCAGGAGUGGACCUGUUCCUUACGAAGCCUGUUUCGUUUAAGGAAGUAUCGCGACUGAUCAAUGACUGGGAAACUAUAUCAUCAGACUGA